GGGGCGGGAAUCAGGUCGUUUCCGCCGUGUGGCUCCUGUCUGUUUAUGAAAGAUUCAACUGGGGCUGCAAUCAAAAGGACUCAUACAAGUACUUUAAAUCAUGAAGCAGCUGCCUCCAGAUACUGUGCGGCUGCUGUCCAGCUCCCAGGUCAUCACCUCUGUGGUGAACGUUGUAAAAGAAUUGAUGGAAAAUUCCCUGGAUGCUGGGGCUUCAAGCAUUGACAUUAAACUGGAGAACUACGGUUUGGACCGUAUAGAAGUGCGUGAUAACGGCCAUGGAGUCAAAGCUGUUGAUGCUCCUGUGAUGGCAGUGAGACAUUUCACUUCAAAGAUCUGUAGCCACGAGGACCUGGAGCGACUGGAGACGUACGGCUUCCGAGGAGAGGCACUGGGCUCCAUCUGUGCCGUGGCAGAGGUGGCUGUCACCACGAAGACAGUGGAGGAUGACAUCAGCACCCAGUACACCCUUAACUUCACAGGGGGGAUUGUUUCUCAGAAGCCAUCUCACUUAGGCCAAGGUACAACAGUGAGUGUACUGAAGCUUUUCAAGAAUCUUCCAGUGAGACGGCAGUACUAUUCCUCUACCAAGAAGUGCAAGGAGGAACUGAAGAAAGUGCAGGACCUGCUGAUGGCCUACGCCAUUAUAAAACCAGACUUGAGGCUCACACUCAUUCACAAUAAGGUGGUGAUUUGGCAGAAGGCCAAGGUGGCUGAUCACAGAAGUGCACUCCUUGCUACGCUGGGGCCCAGUGCCGUUGCCAACCUGCUCCCUUGCCACCAUCACCAAGAGCAACCAGAGAUUGUUUUAGAUGGUUUUUUUCCAAAGCCUGGGGCUGAUUACUCUUCUACAAGCUCAUCUAACCCUGACAGAACAUUUAUAUUUGUCAACAACCGGCCUGUCCACCAUAAAGAUAUAAUGAAGUUGUUGCGUCAACACUACACUGCUCAGUAUCCAGAUGACCCAGCCCGAAACCGCUAUCCCACCCUCAUGCUUAAAAUUACAGUUUCACCCUCCUCGGUCGACGUAAAUCUGACACCGGACAAGACCCAGGUUCUUCUUCAUGACAAGGAGGCUGUGCUGACCGCAGUAGAUGCAUUUCUGGUUUCUCUCUAUGGCUAUCGGCCUAGUGGUGACCCCCCAACUGAGAAGCAGCUAGGCCAUGAGACAUCUCUCUCACCGUCUAGUCCUUUGCGGACUGAUGUUUCACAACCGGACAAUGAACAAAGUGUAGAGAGGAAUGACAGUCUCACCAACCACAAUGGUAACUUCCUCAAAGAUGCUCCUAAACAUGAUGACACAGCUCUGUCAACAGCAAUAAGCACUGAUGCUUCACUGAACUGCCAGACCUCAAACAGCAGCUCUUCAUCCUCUGUAGCAGAGGACUGGAUUGUCAACAAGAUCCCAGCUGGGCUUGAGUCUAACUUUUCUCUCUGUGAUGAUGAAACAGCUCAGAGCUGCACUCAGACAGCAGAAACAGGUUCAGCAGGCAAGUCCCCUGAGAGACUUGAGGACAAUGCUGUGUCAGGCGCAGACACAAGCAAAGACCAGUUAUCAGCUGAGGACUGGAGCCGGGGGGCGGCUUUCACCGACCCCAUUUCACGAGAUCCUCUGCAGCCCGUCAAAAUCCAUCAACCCUCAAAGAACAAUUAUUCUGACUCAGAUGAGAUCAAGAGUCAGAGCAGCUCAAACAAAAAGAUGUUCAACGCCAUAACAGAGAAACGGGCUGCUCUGACGGCCUACGACCUGAUCAGCAACCGCGCCAUGAGGGCACCGCUGUCUCCCGCCGCCCUGUUCGAGAAGGAGGCCAGAGCAGAGGUCCUCAGGGAGAAACCCACAGCCAGCCUGCAGGAUAUCAGCAUCGCCAUUCACGAGAGGUGGAAAAAUCUGAGGGAGGAAGACCGUAAGAAGUAUGAGGAGAAGGCAAAAAAACACCUGGAACACCAUGACCAAAGGACCAAGUUGGCCUCUGCUGAAGGCUCCAGAGAGACGAGCGUGAGCACCCCAAGGGGCCAUGCGCAGAGCCAGAAACGCAAGGCCCCACUGUCCAACCAGCAGCUGCUGGACGAGCUCUUCUCUGCACAGCCCCAAAAGAAGAUGAGGAACCUUGCGCCUAAGCCCUCGCAGCCCCUCCCCUGUAGCGUGGCUGCCCUUCAGCUGCAGCUUCAGCGCCUUUCAUCCCAGAGCAGCGCAGUGCCACGGGGCCUCCGUCUUGUAAACCGGCUGGCCUCUCAGAGCGCCUGGGUCAUUUUAUGUGGUCAGAGACUCAUGUUGUUAAACCCAUUUCGAGUGGAGGAAGCCUUGCUGUUUAAGAGACUUCUAGAGAAUAAUAUACUUCCAGCAGCGAGUCUGCAGAACCCUAUACAGUUAACAGACGGAAGUCUAGGGGGAGCUGAAUAUACUGAGGCUUUGUGCAGCAUGGAGAAACAAAGCCCUGAGCUAAACGGAGGGGCCCUCUUCUCUGAUCCCAGGCUUGUGGCUAAUGGGUUUAAAAUCCAACUCACUCCAGGUCUCACAUCAGCCGAGAGACAUCUGGAAGUGACAGCAAUGGCAGACUGCGUGCCUUUCCUCGGUGUGGAGGACCUCAGGGAGAUCCUGACUGCAGUUCUUCACAGGAAGGCCAGGAGUGUGCAAGAGUGCCGGCCACUUAAAGUCACAAACUACCUACAAGGUGAAGCAGUACGACUUGCCCGUCAGUUGCCUACAAAUUUAUCCAGGGAAGAUGUGGAGGAAACCCUUCUACGGAUGGAACAGCAGCUUGGUGAGAGCAACCGGACCUGCAUCCAUGGACGACCAUUUCUCCAACACCUAUCUGACAUCCCUUCUACAGACCAGGAAGCUAAAGCUCUGCUGAGGCCUUUAGAGCUGUAAGAAGUAGACACCUUAAUGAAAAAUCACAGCAAUGCAAUAUCUAUGGAACAGCUGUCUCAUUUUAAUGCAGCUGAUUAUUCUGAAUGUAAGCUACCUGAUUUGUUUCCAUUCUGCUCAACUGAUGUUCAACUGUGUUACAAACAACAUAAAAAUAAACGUUUUUCUCCA